AUGCUAAUGCUCACAAACUUUCUAGACGUCUAUAUUUUUGUUUACUUAAAAAAAUCCCAUAUCCCUUAUUGGAUCUUGCACUUACAGGACUUUCAAUGCAACGUGCAACAUGAGCUUGCCACUCUUAAACAGGAACGUGAAGUGGCUCGUCGCCAAUUAGCUAAGUUGGAAGCCCAUUACACUGCAUUAAUGGGCCGAAGAGAUAAGGCGGCCACUGAGCUGAGUGCUGAAUAUAUCCAGCUUCCUGAAGCUCGUGAAGACCUUGAACUUCUGGCGCUCCAAUUGCGCGAAGAGGUCGUCUCCGUUCGGUGA